UCUGCAUCCAACAAGUGCCCCGCUUCCCACCAUCAAUUACAUCCCCUUUGCCCCUUCGUAUCACUUCAGGAAUUUACCAGGGCCCAAGGCAAACUGUGAUGGUUAGAUCGACUACAGAGGUUCUCCCAGAUAUCCGCGCUGACGGCAUUCUUCACGAACACCAACUCCCUACCAAAACCGGUUAGAUGCAGCAAAACUCCAGAGCCGCCACCGAGCAGAAAAUCGGUAAACGAGACUCGAUCGGCAAGAGAAAGCUUUCUGAACAAGAAGAGUCGUCAUUACAGCAGCAGCAACGGCAGCAGACAACUAUCUCAGAGCUCUUCUCCAACAGCAACAGCAGGGGGUACGGCAAAGGUCAUCAGCGCAGCUCUCCGUCGAACAAGCGUCCGCGAUUAUCCCCUUCUUCAUCAGACUCCCCGUCCUUGACAAGAACACGGGAGCUUAUAUCCCCGGACAAAAUGUACAAUUUCUCGAACUCGGAAUCGAAAGCCGGUGGAAUGUUCGGGCGUAAUUCUCCCGCCUUCAAUUCGUCUACGUCCGCGAUCAAGGCUCGGCAGUUCAACCCUUCGUCUUCACCACGUCAAAACAGCUUCUCGCCUCAAACGGGACCAAAGAAACUUGUCGUUAAGAAUCUACGGACGGAGCCGCGUUUGAAUCAGGACUCAUACUUUGAGAAAGUAUGGGCCCGACUUGACUCCGCACUGACCGCGAUCUUCGAUGGCCGGAAGCCGGGUAUCUCUUUGGAGGAGCUAUAUAAAGGCGCAGAGAAUGUGUGUCGCCAGGGUCGUGCUGCUGUUUUAGCCAAGAAGCUUCAAGAUAGGUGCCGGGAAUAUGUAUCCGGGAAAUUGCGCCAGGCCCUGGCAACAAGGGCCGAGGAUGGAAGCAACAUCGACGUACUCCGAGCAGUGGUCGACGCGUGGUUCUUGUGGAAUUCGAAGCUGAUCACUGUCCGUUGUAUUUUUUAUUAUCUCGACCAGUCGUUUCUUUUGCAUUCCAAAGAAUUCCCAGUGAUCCGUGAGAUGGGUUUGAACCAGUUCCGUGUUUAUAUAUUCUCAGGUGCCAAAUUAAAAGGCAAGGUUCUUCAAGGUGCCUGCGACCUGAUUGAAGCCGAUCGAGAUGGAAACAGCAAAUGGGUGGAAGACACUUCAUUACUUAGAAGCACGAUAGGGCUCUUCCAUAGCCUGGACGUCUACGUCAGCGAUUUUGAGCCUCUUUUCAUUUCCGAAUCGAAACGAUACUUUUCGUCAUGGGCCCAACGUGAGGCGGCUGGUUAUAUUACCAGCUUUACAGAAAACAGCCACCGCUUAAUACAGCGCGAAGUAGACCGAUGCGAAUUUUACUCUCUUAAUCGAAGUACCAAACAGCAAUUGUCCGAGCUUCUAGAUCGAACAUUAGUGGUAGAGCAGGAGAAUGCAUUGCUCAACCAGAGUGACGUCGUUGGCCUGAUGCGGGCUGGAAAUAGAACGGCUUUGGAGAGGCUCUACUCGCUUCUUGAGCGAAAAGAUAUGGGGGCCAGGUUAAAGACGGCAUUCGGCAAUUACAUCAUUGGGGAGGGCUCUAGCAUCGUCUUCGAUGAAGAGAAAGAGUCUGAGAUGAUAACGCGGUUAUUAGACUUCAAGCAACAGUUGGAUAAUACCUGGGCGGAGUCAUUCCAUCGAAACGAAGAGUUAGGCCACACCUUGCGUGAAUCCUUCGAGACAUUUAUGAACAAGGGAAAGAAAUCACAGUCCAGCUGGGGAACCGACAACCCCAAGACAGGAGAGAUGAUCGCCAAGUACGUUGAUAUGCUACUGAAGGGCGGUUGGAGAGUUCUCCCUGGACGGAAGCUGGAAGACGUUGCGCUUGCGGACGAGGAUGCCGAGAUCAAUCGGCAGCUUGAUAGGGUGCUUGAUCUCUUCCGGUUUGUGCAUGGGAAGGCAGUCUUCGAGGCUUUCUACAAGAACGAUCUUGCGCGCCGUCUCCUGAUGGGUCGUAGCGCCAGUGACGACGCAGAGAAGAGCAUGCUUUCCAGGCUGAAAACAGAAUGUGGAUCCGGUUUCACACACAAUUUGGAAGCCAUGUUUAGGGAUAUGGACGUGGCACGCGAUGAAAUGGCAGCAUACAACUCUUUGCAGCGGGAGCGGCGGCAUCGGUUACCGUUGGAUUUGAAUGUCAGCGUUCUGUCCGCAGCGGCCUGGCCAACAUAUCCCGAUGUCCCUGUAAACAUCCCGCCUGAAGUGGCAACGGCGAUCAACGACUUUGAACAAUUCUACCAUACAAAGUACAAUGGGCGUAAGCUCCAGUGGAAACAUCAAUUAGCACAUUGUCAAAUUCGAGCGUGGUUUCCUAAGGGGAACAAGGAACUCGUUGUCAGCUCAUUCCAGGCGAUCGUGUUACUGCUGUUUAAUGAUCUGCCCAACGGCGGGACACUGAAGUACAGUCAGAUACAGGAAGCGACCAGGCUGUCCGACCCGGAAUUGAAACGGACGCUGCAAUCUCUUGCAUGCGCCAAGUACCGAGUCCUAACCAAGAUACCCAAGGGGAAAGAUGUCAAUCCAACGGACGAGUUUACAUAUAACGCCAACUUUUCCGACGCGAAGAUGCGGAUUAAGAUCAAUCAGAUCCAGCUGAAGGAGACUAAGGAGGAGAACAAGACGACGCACGAGCGGGUGGCGGCAGACCGACACUACGAGACGCAGGCCGCGAUUGUGCGGAUCAUGAAGAGCCGCAAGGUGAUCACGCAUGCCGAACUGGUCGCGGAAGUGAUCAAGGCGACACGAAGCCGCGGCGUGUUGGAGCCGGCGGAGAUUAAAAAGAACAUUGAGAAGUUGAUCGAGAAAGAUUACAUGGAGCGAGAGGAAGGCAAUCGGUAUCAGUACGUCGCAUAGAUGGCGAGAGGCUACGAGGUCAUGGAAUAAGCAUAUGUUCAUAGCAGGCACGCGAGGGUAAUGAUGAAUGAUAUAUCACUGUUGGCUUGGGUAUCACCGCGUAGAAUAUUGAUUCUCCUGGUCCUCACGGAAAAAGAAACGAAACGAAGGGAAAUUCCCGAGGACUGGUCACCUGGACCCUGAAGAGACACUAGUCCGAAACAGGAAACACCGCGGAAGCAGCUUAUUAUUACGAUUGCUCUGUCUGUACUCCAUACUAGUACGUACUACGUAUAGUACAGUGUCAAGGAAUGAAUGAACAAUCUUUUAAUCAUCAUCAUUGAUAAUCCAUGAAUGAAUGAACGAUCUUUUAAC